CCAAAGCUAUCAAAGUAGCCUACUCUAAAGGAAGUUCUUUAUCAGCUUAUUUAUUAUUACCUACUAUCUACCAACUACAAUUCUUUGAAGAAUACACUGGUUUGAACCAACCCAUCAUGCCUACCCAACCUCAACAUAGUCUACAAGAAGAUUUAAUGGAAGCA